AUGUUGAGCCUGCUUCUCGCGGCUAUGGGGGCCACAUUGCUGGUGCUACCCCAGGCGGACAGCUACGUUCUUCCCGUGGAUAAUAUCGAGACAAUCAAGAUGUCCUUGUAUAACUAUGGUGUGGGAUUCCAGUCAAUGCUAUUCCGCAUCCCGUUUCCCAAUAGCCCCUGGGGGCCAACGAUACCGAGUAUUUGCGAUUCAGGCUCGGAGUCGGGACAUGACUCCUUGGACGCCAUCCACGUCGCCGAGGUCACCAUCAGUGAUUUCCCACCUGACACCACGGCGGACGACGAGACAGGCGACCUCCACUUCGCCAUCACUUCGGUGGACCACCAGCCGUUGGACAAGCCACUUGGCUUCAUCGUCACCUGGAACUUCCACAAGCCGAUGCAAAGACUUGGACGCCUCGCGUACGAGCCGGCCCUUCAAGUCAUCGACUUUGCCAAGUCCGACGUGACUCCGACUCAUCCGAUCGUGCCACCGCUCGUGCCGAACCGAACUUGCUCGCAGGCCAAGGAGGUGCAGGUGCUCGAGCACGACAAGAAGACCCAGAACACCACCAUCGCAUUGACCUGCCAAGGCUGCUUCAAUUUCACCUACAACUCCCCCAACUCACUCACCUUCUCGCUCCAACCGCUACCACAAGCCGGGCCCGAGGAGGCUGGUGUCGCACCCACGACGGCGGAUGCAGACCCGCGCGUCCAAGCACCCGACGCCUUUGGCGUGAUGCACACGGUCGACUUCCUGCUCGCAUCCCAUCGCUCGGUGGUCGAGGCAGACUACAGCGAGCUCGGCUCCAUCAGUCCCCAGGACCACUUCACCGUGAGCUUCUGGAUCAUCGCGAUCGAUGGGCACUCCCAACAACCUCCGCGGCAGCACGUCCGUUUCAUCGCGACAUGGGAUCUGCUCACUCAAGUCGACCGGCGGACCCCGCGAUGGUCGAGUCUGGAGAUCUCCCCGACUCAAAUCCGGUUUCCCGACCCGGAUAUUAGGCUGCCGGCCUCUCCGAUCGUCCCGUUCCGGUCCAAGGGUGGUCGCAAGCCAGGCUUGUCAGGCUCGCAAGUCCCGCUUGGUUCUGGUCUUCGGACCCAGCAAGGCUCGAGUCUAGCUGUCAAGGCCCUUUUGGUGCUGGCAGGCUUCUUGGCAGGUAUCGCCGUUCCUUCCCGCCCUAGACGUCGUCUCUCGCAAUUGUCCGUUCAGCUGUAG